CUUAUAAAACAGUUCACUUAGUGAUAAGCUGUCUUACAAAUAUUUUGAGUACAAAUGUUGUUUUUUUUUUGUAUAAUUAUCAGUAGUUCAAUUAUUUAUUAGUAGUACACACAUUAUUGUGUGAUUUUAAGAUUCAUUGUUACUUAAUACGCGCUUAACGCUUGGAUGUGUUUUAUUUAAAUAAUAAGUGCUUCAUUAACAUAAAAGGAUUUUUUGUUUAACAUUUAAAACGAAGCAAGCACAUCUGAAAAUAUGCCGAAAGAGGGUGAAAAAUUGGGGGUUAGUAGUUUAACAUUAGUGUCAGAAUCUGGAGUUGGAUAUGGACAAGCUCGACAACUUACGCAAUAUACUGCUGCCAUUGCAGUUACAAUGGGUGCUCUUGCCGCUGGUACUGUUUUAAGUUGGACAUCACCCACAAAAACACAAAUUGUCGACAAUGGAGAUUUAGGAUUUACUGUGACUGAUGAUGAAUUUAGUUGGGUAGGAGGUUUAAUGUGCUUAGGAGCGGCAGUAAUAUGUUUUCCAAUUGCACUCGUAAUGGAUGUGAUUGGUAGAAAAAUUACUAUGCUCCUGUUAAUUAUUCCGUUUACAAUUGGCUGGUGCUUAAUAUAUUGGGCUGAAUCUGUAUUAAUGCUAUAUUUUGGACGAUUUUUAACUGGUCUAGCGGGUGGUGCAUUCUGUGUAAGUGCUCCAUUGUAUACAUCAGAAAUCGCACAAAAAGAAAUACGUGGUACUUUAGGAAGUUAUUUCCAAUUGAUGGUUACAGUUGGUAUACUUUUCGAUUACGUGGCUGGUGCAUUUCUAAGCGUUUCAGAUUUAACAUUAUGUUGCUUAAUUAUUCCUUUCAUCUUUGUUUUGGUAUUCUUCUUCCAACCAGAAACACCAGUUUAUUACGUCAAAAAAGGAAAAAUUGAAGAUGCACGUAAAUCAUUAACAUUCUUUCGGGGACCACAUUACAAUGUUGAGCUUGAAUUGCAAGAUAUGAUUGCUGCAAAUGAGGAUUCAAGUUCAGGUUAUACUUCUCGAACUCAAAUUUUAAAAACAAAAGGAGCACAGAAAGCAGUUUUGAUUUCAUUUGGCUUAAUGUUAUUCCAACAGUUCAGUGGUGUAAAUGCUGUCAUUUUUUAUGCUGGUAAUAUAUUUAAAGAAGCCGGUGUCGGUAUUAAACCCGACUAUGCCGUAAUAAUUGUUGGAGUCAUGCAAGUAAUUGCAACAUUUAUUGCAUCAAUCGUUGUCGAAAAAUUAGGUAGAAAAAUUCUGUUGCUAGCAUCCGAUAUAGUUAUGGCUAUUUGUAGUAUUCUCCUAGCCGUUUAUUUCAAUCUAACUGAAGAAAAUAAAACAUCCGUGUCAUGGUUACCGAUUUUAGCACUAUCAUUGUUCAUAAUAUUAUUUUCACUUGGAUUUGGGCCCAUUCCAUGGAUGAUGGUGGGUGAAGUUGUACCCAAAGAAUUAAAAAGUACUCUUACAUCAACGGCAUGUACAUUUAAUUGGGUUUUAGCAUUUUUUGUUACCAAAUUUUACCAGCCAUUAUCAGAUGCAACUAGUCAAUCUGCCACAUUUUAUGGAUUUGCUACAGUGUCUAUAAUUGGUACGAUAUUUGUAUUUUUAUUAGUCCCUGAAACUAAGGGCAAAACUUUAGAUGAAAUUCAAAGAGAGUUAAAUGGUGAACCACGUUUAACCCAUCAUCCAGCUGGUGGUGCUCAAACAAAUCCAGGAUAUAAUAAAAAUGAAAAUUAGGAUAAGUAAUUUAUUUUGUGAUUUAUUUUUUCGUUUGAUUCUUCUAGUCAUUCAGUUUUGAGAAAUGAAUAGAUAAACCUAUUAUAUAUAUUUAUAAAUUGAAUAUUUUUUAAACUGAUAUCCAAACUUAUGACAUUGUAUGAGUUUAUAAUUUUUCACAAAAUUAUUUUUUACUGUCAAAUAUGCCAUAAACUAAAAAAAAAAGCUUUGAGUAGAUUCAGGAACUGUUACUAAAAUGAGAUUUACAAUAUGGUGAUAAUUAAUUUAAAAUCUUGUUGAUAACCGAAAUAAUAGCAUCGUCUAUGAACAUGCCUUAAGGCUGUACCCUGAUUGUAAGUAUGCCUGAUUAUAAAUCCAUCUGGAGUCCACUACAAUACAUAUAAUUGCCAUAGUUAGUUGCAACGGAUUUGCUUACAAUCUUAACAUAACUUCUAACAAUAAGAUUAAUUUCAGGGCCGGAUUAACCCUCAACGAGGCCCUAGGCAACCAUCAAUUUGGGGGCUCUUUUUUUCACGUCCGUUCCCUUCUUUUUUCGAUUAAAAAAUACACACUUAUAUCUUUCAUAAAAAUUUUAUUGUCACAAUGUAAUAAUGUCAAUAAAAUUACUAUCUACAUUUUAAACAUGUCGUUUUCUACAUUUCGAUUUUGUUCAAUAAAUCUGACUCAAUGCAAAGUAUACCUAACAUCUCGAGUCGCGUUGUAGCUC